GUUCUGCCGCCGCUACUGCUCCUGCUCUCUCAACUCAACUCAAUCGUGCGAGUCAAUCGCCAAUCCUAAGCAGUCAGUGCCAGCGACCAAAGCCCACUGCCCCACAGUCUCUUAGCCUUGAGUCUCUUCCUUGUCUUUGGUACCAAUUCCCCACACCACCGCAUUACCAAGGCCUCACCCCCGCAUCUGCCUGGAUAGGCAUUGAUAAUCAGCGCAACCUCUACUCAUCGACGGACGCAUCGCCCAUGUCUCGACAAUGAAUGAGGGUCUAGGGCACUCGUCUGUCCCACCCAUCACGGGCAUGCAGCCGCCCCCAUCAUCGUCAAUGGCGCCCCCAAGGAUCAUCAAGCCGGCAUCAACUGCUGUGCCAUCAUCCUCAUCCUCAACAGUGCUCAGCAGUCAGCAGCACGCUUAUAGCCAUCGAUCUCGUAGAGAUAGUUCUCGCUCGCCUCGUCGUGCUCGAAAACCAUCCCCAACUUCCUCAUCUGCUGAGCGCCUCUCGGCCUCGCCACCAGACAGGCUUGUGGGCCUUUCGUCUCAGCGACAACUCCGUCAGCUCGAGAGGCUCGCCUCUUGGCCGAGCCAGCCAGACGCUGUCGUAACUCAACAUUACCAAGCGGCAACCACGCCGAUGCCCAUCUCGCACAUCGCUGCGGGCAAGCGGCCAGAGAUCGUUGCCGUAGACGACGCUAUCGUCGACUCUCCGGAUGUAAAUGCUUUGCUUCCGUCACCUCCCACCGCUGUCGCCAAGGCCGGCACCUCAUCACCGCAAUCAGCUUCGGCGCCAUUGGCACAUCCACCGCCGCUCGAUCGAGGCAGAAGCGCCAAUGUCAGCCCGUCACGCCGGUGGGAUCGACGUGGAGCGAGUGCUACUGUUCUCUCCGGCGGGAGUGCCUCUGGCAGUGGGAGUGGCGAGGAGUCAGAGAUCACCGUUGGGCCCAGUCAUCAGCGCAGGCUGGCAGAAAAUGUAGACGCAGCAUCAGCAUCGAGCAGCACGUCGACCGCCGCCAGCACCGGCGCCCACCGUCCAUCGCUGUCGCUGCAGCGCCCCAAGAGCACCACGCGUGGUGGAUCGUCGCGAAGGUCCAGGGGAGGCGCCAAGCUGGCGCUCGAGGCGGGAGAAAAGGUCAAGUCGGAUCUCAGCGACUUGACGAGCUCCGACGAGGAGGGAGCAGUGGCUAGUCGAUAUGCUCGCAGUCGCAGAGCGAGCUUGGAGCGAGAUAGACUGCGAGGCCUACAGAUUCUACUGGCCGCUGGCAAGGGAGGCAGUGCUGCUGGCCUGUCCGACGAAGACCUGCUUCAUCUGGCAUCCUACGAGGCAGCUGGCUCCAUGUCAGCUUCGACUUCCACAUCUGCAACGCCCACCACGACGACAGAUGACUUCUCGGAGCGGUCCAGCCUGCUGAGCCGAACGUCGUCAUACGAAGCAUCCCCCGUCACGUCGCCUAUAGUGGCACCGACGCAUGUACUGCCGACCACCAGCCGCAAGGCAAGGAGCAGAAUCAACAGCACCGAGCCUGGAAGUGCCGCCUUCUUCGGUCUGGCAGACGACGAGGAAGAGGCAGACCGUGCUUCCGCUCCAGCCUCGACCCUCUCUGCGACCGCCUUGUCGAAUGCCCUCUCCUCGACGCAAAGAGGAUCCCGCUCUCGCUCUCGCGGAAAGAGUUCAGACGCUGGUAUCUCAUCGUCACCAUCGCCCGAAAAGGUGCGAUCAGUGCCCGGCUCGCGAAGGCCGAGCCAUCCAGAGAGCGCUUCAUUAGGGCCAGCAACAUCCUCCUCGGUCCCUCACCGCGCCAGUGCCAUCCUUGGCUUCGCACCCAUCUCAUCAACAUCGUCAGCGGCAGCGCAUUCGGCCACGUCACCCAGGCGCAAGAGUCGCAAGCAGGCAGCAAUGAUGAUGCGCUCCCUAUCGCGCAGCCUGGGAGGCUCGAGCAACAGUGCUGCCGGGAUUGACGACAUCGACUUGCUCUCUGGCAGCUCAGUAGGGUCCAUCGAAGAUAUGAUCUGCAUUGAUCAGGUGGAGUGGGCUCCCGACGCCGAGGAAGGAGGAGGAAGGAGCAGGGUUGCGACGCCCAUUGGCAAACCAAGACGAGGUUCUUUGAUCAGCGUCCUACGUACGGGUGCAGACGAGGCGCCGAGCACCACGAUGGGCAACGCCACCGUGGCUGCGGUCGAAGCCAAGUCACUCAUUGGCAGCGAAGAUGAGGGCAGCACUGGAGAUACUGCCUCGUCCUCCCCGGCUUCGUCUCUGCUGCCGAAGACGCCCACCGCGUCCUCGGUCCCUUCAACAUCGCCUUCCAGCGGGCUCAGCAAGAGUCAAGAGCGUCAGUCUGGGUUUGCUGUGGCCUACCAGGAGAGGCUGAGCAACUUGCAGAGCCAAUUAAGGUUAUGGGCGAAUGAAGGCAAUGCCGUAGGUGGGCAGCCACCGUCCGCGUCUAGCUCCGAGCAGCAACAACAGCAAGCCGGUCUCCUCGCCAGCAGCUGGAGGCAGAUUGCUCGUCUGCCUAAUCUCCUUUUCCCAGCCAGCAAAACGGACAAGAGCAGCUUCCAAAGCGGCGCGACCUCAUCUCAGCAAGACAGUAGCUCCGCCUCGAGCACUCCUGUCCCAGGCUCCACGCCCACAGCUACUCCCCUUGCCUCCGCAGACUCGUCCGCCAUCACUCUACCAGGUAGCAGCGAUACACCUUCUGGAUCUUCUAAUCCGAGCCGACGCCCCAGCGUAGGCUCGCGAGGCGUCGUUGACCCUCUGGAAGGAGACCGAGACCCUGGCGCGUACAUCACGGGAUUAGGCCACAGGAUCGACCCAGAUGUAGAGCUCUCAUCUGUUGUACACCUUCAGUCGUUCAGGCUCAGCCCAAACUCCCAUUCUAGAGGGAGAAGCGUUGAUUCUCGUCCGGCUUUGGCGGCUAAUCGGCUGUCCAGCCAUGCCUCGCGACAUGCUGAGAGGAGGACGGCGAGCGAUACGGAGCAGUUGCCAGCACCGCUAUCCGCUCAUGAGGGAGGAGCGAUCGAUAGCGAAGGGGAGGAGGAGAGGAGCUCGAUGCUGCCUGCGUUGGAUUUGCCUCCGCCAGCAACCAAGAUUGUGACGUCGAAGGUCAAGCCGCAGUUCACGCUGCACGACGAGGAGGAUGAGUACGACGAGGAGCACCAGUAUGCAGCGCAGACCGCUCCUCUCAAGUCAGCCAGUCCAGCAUCAGCGCAUGAGGACUCCGCUCCUGAACCUGCUGCCGAUGUCGGCUCAGCUCCUAUCCGCGCUAAGGCUCCUCCUCAAGUAGAUGACGAGGGCUUUACCACGGUUGUCGGGCGUCACUCAAAAUCCUUCUCUCCCAGAUGUUCCAGACCGGCAGCAGAGACGCCCGGCCCUUCUCCUUCGCACUGGGCCGGUGGAAGCUACACCUCUUCGGAGGAGUCGGAUGCGGAUCUUUCGCGAAGCACCGUCGAAGCGAGGGAUGAGGAUGCCGCUCGACGCACUGGCGGGCGAAGAAGUCGCGUUGUCACCGCAUCCGUGGAAGAUCGCGACGAGGAUGGUGCGGCUUUCGACGAGGAUUCUCUCCCACCCGCAAGAGGCCGUCGUGCUCGUGGCAGAGGUCAUGGUGCUCGCUCCUCUUCCGGCCGUGGCAACUCACCACCCGCUGGCCUUUCGAGAAGCAGACAAUGUGCCAUCGGCUUGUUCUCUUCCAAGUCCGGCAGCAGGAGGGCAGAUGCAGAGGACAGCUUUGCUGCGGCGAUGAAGACUGUCAGGAGCUCGCCGGAUCUGACGUAUGCGGGGGCUGCGGCUAUUGGACGUGGGCUGUCAGGAGGUCAGGCGAGCGGGACCAGAGCAGGCAGCCAGCAACGCUCCUCACGCAGUCGCACGACAAGCAGCAACAGCCCUACAGGCGGUCGAGAAGCCAGCAAGGACGACACUCCCUCGUCAUCGUCGGAAGACGACACCUGUCGAUCACGCGGUCGUGCCGGCAGCAUCAAGGUGACCAGCUCCUCCUUUGCCCACUCGGAACAUCCUCCUAACAGCCUGCCGCGCUCGGCCUCCGCAUCGAGCUUGGAGUCUAUGGCGAGAAGGCAGAGUAUGAUGUCCGCUCAAGCGCUGCAGACGGGCACGGCGGGUGGACCACCGCCUCCGACUUCGCCGACGCUGCCGAUCGUCAUGCCCCCGGCGACGACGGCGCACGGUGGGCUGAUGUCCUCGCCUGCGUUCGGAAGCCCGGCAUCGUCGUCUUCAUCGCCAUCCCUGCCAUCCAUGCUGAGUCGAAGUGCACCCACGGAUGCGGCGUCCCCGACAAGCGGCGAGGACAAUGGCGAAUCCUCAUCCUCAUCAUCGAGCUCGGCUCCUGUCCUCCCGCCAACACCUGCCCGCCCCACCCUGCUCAGCAACAGUGCACAUCUCUUGAUGCUCUCUCUUGAGCUCGAGAUGAUGCGUGCCCAGAAGAUCAGCGCACCUCUCAAGGUCAGAUGGGCGAAGCAGAGGGCUUCUAGCCUGCCUGCACCUACCGCUUCGAGAGGUCAGCAGCAGAUAGCUUCAUCGACUUGCGAUGAUGCCGACGAGGCAGCGGCACUUGAGGCUGCCGCUACUGACGGGCCUGCACCGGAUGCAGUGGCUGUCCAUGAGGCCGUUGAAGAAGCAGAGCAGUUCAACGACGUAUCGACGGCGGAGGGGGCAGGAGUGGCUCCUGCGUACUUCUAUCGCUAUGCGUACCAGCCUCAUCGAGGGUCGAAGCUGCGCAAUGUUGUCAACGCGUGAGGCGGGAGAGGAG